AUGGUAAAUAGUGUCAAGUCACUUCUCUGGGCAGCAAGAUUAGUUGGAACUGAUGUUAUAUUUACAAUUAUUAAUUAUGAAGAAUUGAGAUCAGCAAUUGAUCAUAUUCAUGUUUAUGAUGUUGCUGCAAAAUUUAAUAAUAAAUAUAAUAAUUUAACACUAAUUCAUUGUCGAGUUGUUGGACUGAUAGCUCUGGCUUUAUGGCUACCAGUUUUAUAUGUUUCUUACAAAACUGUUGAUUAUUGUCCACUGUUGGAAGUUAUUGCCCAUUAUUUAUUUUACAGUUGUAUAACAACUCAAAUUUUAUUAUUUUAUGGAUUUAUGAUGACACUGUAUCAAAGAUUCAAUCAUCUGAGUCAACUUGUUGUGAAAAAAGACUGGAUGAUGGAAAUGAAAAUACAAACUUUAAGUGGUACAUGGGAUGGUUUAAAACUUCAAAAUGUUUGGCUGAUGCAUUCGAAUUUAUCAACAGCUGCUGAAAAAAUUAAUAAUUGUUACUCGGUUCAAUUGUUGUUGUGGAUAAUGAUAUUUUCUCUGAGUGUAUUGACCAGGCUUUAUACAAUAAUGAAUUACAAGGAAAAUUUAAUGUAUGUCAUUGUGAAAGAUACAAUUUGUGGACUUGGAGUAUUUUUAAAUCUUGUUUUGAUAAUAUUUUCAUGUCACAUAACAAGUUCUCAAGCUAAUAAAAUAGUAGACCAAGUUUUUUCACCAGUAUCAGCAAUUCAAAGACACUCAAAUACAAUUCAGAUUGUUAGUGGAAUGACAACUUAUUUAGUAAUUCUAAGUAAAUCUUCAUGA